UAAUGAAAAAUAGCAAACAAUUUUUUGUAUGUAUUAUUUAUACGUUGUUCUAAAUCGUACAUUCUCGGUUGUAUUCGGCGAACUUGGCGCGGUCGUGUCGAUGAGCGAGAUCGCAGUAGAGUGAGUCUCGCAAAGAGUAGCGUUAGUGUGACCAUAAUAGCGAUACUGUUCAGUCCGUCAGUCCACCUUCUCACGCUCUUAGCCAUCGCUGUCGUCGUCACCGUCGACGAUCUGCGUCGUGUCGCGCCGCGCCGCCCGUCGUGUUGAUAAUUUGUAAAGCGGCGAACGAAAAGGAUGUGUGUAUAUCUACGUCUCGCCUUUCAGUUGACUUUCAUCGUCGUUUUGUAGCGAACGUUUCGCACGGAUAUCGAUAGGAAAUUGCACUAUCACUACGUAAUAAAGUUAUUGCAUGAUAUAGUCGACAAAUAUUAAAAAUUGCUGAUACGUUAUUCAUUUUUUUGCAGUUUCAGUUUAUUUGUGUAGCUGUCGAAUUAAAAGUGUGGAUUUAGAUACGUUAGUAGUAUUAAAAAAUAGCGUCGCAGCGGUCGUGGCGCAAUGCAGUGUAUGUUUGGAUGCGGAUACGUAUUGUGCUGUUUAAAACUGAUCCAGGGAAACAUACGUUUCUUAAAUAGUGGCAGUGAACGUUUAAGUGUAUUCUAGCCAUGCUGCCUAUGGUACAAACAGAACCAGUGCUUUUCAAUUGCGGGGUCCACUCAGUCAAUGUGGCUGCGUCUCCUCCGGCCACAUUGCCACCCUCGCUUACACCGGAUUCGGAUGUGGAUGAACUAGUUGAUAUAUUCUUCGAUGUUGAUGUUGCUGUCAACACCUUGCCCAGAAUUGAAUCCUGUGACCUCCAACUGGGAGACACAUGGAGGGGGAUGCAAGGCAAGAUGAGCGUGACAGCGCCGGUUAAGAAGAUAAGAAAAAAGUCAGACAAUAAGCCACAAUCACAACUAAAUAAGUGUAUCACCGAGAAGAAGCGACGGGAACUCGAAAACGAAACCAUAAAUCAACUUGAAGAGCUCUUAGGUACCUGUCUCGCUGAAGUCAAGCAACCGGAUAAGAACGGAAUAGUUCGCGAGGCCACCCGGCAGAUCCAGGAGGUGCUGCGGCGCCGGCGGGAGUGCCCCGAGGAGUGUCCGCUGCGCGUCGCGCAGUGCCUGUCGCCCGUGCAGGCCGGCGAGGUCAGCUCCACGCAGCCGUCCUGCGCUGGCUUACAGUACUCCGAGCUCACCUCGCUCAUAGAGGCUCUCAAGCAUUACACCGGCACCCUCGGUUGGGUUUUAUUGGAAAUAAACUCAAAGGCUGAAAUUGAAUGUAUAACCGAAAAUAUUAAAGAGCUCACUCUGCAGGACAGAACUGAGCUGUAUAAGAAAUCAAUUUUCUCCCUUUUGCAUGUCAAAGAUCAUGCAAAAUUGAGACCAUUGUUAAGAAAUAUACAAACUUUUAACUGGGGUGCGGGAGAAAUCGACAAAUUCCAAGCUAUACAAGCUCGUCUCCUUAUCAAAAAUUCCAAUGGGACUGACAGUGUUGGGUACGCCGAGUGCGUGAUCCACGCUGCGCCCGUGCGCGGCUCGUCGUCGGAGGAGGCCGGCUCCGUCAUGUGCGUCAUCCGGCGCUGCGAGGACGCGUCGGCCGCACUUCUCCCCGGCGACGGCGGCCCGCCCGCCAUCACCGCCAAACAGUCCGAUCAUAUCGUCUUCAGAUUGGAUUGCAACUUCAUUAUUUUAUUUUGUGAUUUAAGUGGAGUGGAAAACUUAAUAAACACUGCUAUACCUCUCGUGGGUAGUCGUUAUUUGGACCUUGUUGAGAAUAGUGAUCGUGUUCGUGUUACUGCACACUUGCAAGAAGCUGUGUGUCUUCCCGCACCACCCGCGAUUAGCGAACCUUUUCGGUUACGCAUUACUCCAGACAGUCCUAGCUUUAGAGUUAUAGCUCGAUCUCGUCUUUUUCGAGCAAAGCCUUCAUCGGGAGAGCCUGAUUUUAUAAUGUCUACGCACACUGUUCUCGGUGACGAAGAUAUGGAUCUUCUAGAAGCGGACGGACCUCGUCCUCCUGUUGGUGGGCCGCUAAUGGCAUCUGUUGGAAAUGGGGAAUCUUCGAAUUGUGAACCCAGAUAUCGUUCUCCUAUAAGUCCCAAUGAAGGCCAGUUUCUUAAUGAUUUUGACCUAGAACCAUGGUCCUUGCUGGGUGACAUGUCGAGCGAAGAGUCUAAAGACCGAAAAGACAGUGUCGAAGGACCUUCGCAACCCUUAACCCCACGUGCAACACCGACUCCGGGUGAAGGUCCGCCUUCUAAUCAGCCCGCAGAAGAACCGAAUAGGCUUCGGACACUUCUUAGUAAGAAGCAAACAGGUAACGAUAGCGGGGUUAAUUCAAACAAUCGGAUCUUGAAAGAUUUGCUAAAGCAAGAAGACGAGGAGGCUACGGGUAGCGAAACGUCCGCGCCGCAUACGCCUCACACUCCGCAUACGCCGCUGACUCCGCACACGCCGCACACGCCCAGCGCCGCGCUGUCGCCGCUGCACACGGCGCAGGCGCACGCGCGCCCGCCGCCGCACCCGCCGCACGCGCCGCACGCGCCGCACCAGCCGCACCAGCCGCACGCGCAACACCAGCAGCACCCGCAGCACCCGCAGCACCAGCCGCAUCAGCAACACCAGCCGCACGGCUCGCACAUGCCUAACGCGACGCACUCCAUGCAGCAGGGGCAGCAUCAUAAUAAUUCUGAUGUCUUAUUAAGGAUACUAAAUGAAAAAACAGACGAGGAUGCGGAGGAAAACAGGAGAAAUUCCGCAGAUGGAACCAGAGGAGUGUCACAACCUAGUGCUCUGCUUUCACAGCUGCUCUCUAGUAGUAAUGGGCCGGCAGGCAACGGACGACCUCACGACAGCAGUGAAAACUAUCUAGAGAGAAUGGCCGCAGUAAAACGAAAGUUCGAUGAUGCUAAAGGAAUGUCCAGUAGUUCAAAGAGGGCUACGCCUGAAAACCAGCAGGUUACUUCGAGUGCCCUUCCUGCGGCAUCGUCUACCGCUUCUUCGACGGCCACGAGCCCGGCAACCAGCAGUAGUCUGGGACAGAGCCUUUUAUGCCAAAAGAACCAAAUUCUGGUAUCGUUACUGGCGCGGCAGCAGACGACGCCGACGACGCCGCUGCCGCUGCCCAACCCUAACCUGCGCGCGUACGGGCCCACGGCCAGGCCGCGCCCGCCGCAGCCGCCGCAGCUGCCGCAACAGCCGCAGCAACCGCCGCAGCGACACCACGUCUCGACGCUUUCCAAUAUACUCACCGGCACGAACCAUCGAACCAGCAUGAACGGCGGUGGUAACGGCGGCGGCGGCGCGGGCGGCGCGGAGUGCCCCGUGAGCAUGGCGGGCUCCAGCCACCUGCAGAUGGUGCUGCAGAGCGGCGAGCUGGCCGGCGGCGCGCUGGCGGGCGGCGCGCGCGCCUACCCCGCGCCCGCGCCCGCCGCGCUGCACUACGGGACCACCGCCCCGCACCUCGCCUACAACAACCAGCCCCCCAGUGGCAGUACUAGAGCCCAGAGUGGAGGCGGUGGAGGAGGAGACAGUGAAGUUCCUAGCGACCAGACAUUGUCCGAUCUCUUAGAUGAGGUGAUCGAGAACAUGCCCGACGCUGACCGAUCGGCAGCCGACGUUAAUGUUCGGCAACGACAAGGAAUGAAGGAGAAGAACGCCAUGAUCAACGCCAUCCGGCAGAGCCUGAUGCAGUGUGAAACGGUAGGCAAGGCGGCCGGCGGGUCGAGCCCGGGCGGCGGGGCGGGCGCGGCGGGCGCGGCGGGCGGCGCGGGCGGCGCGUACGCGGGCAGCCCGGCGCGCGCCGCGUCCCCCGAGCCGCGCGAGCGCUGGCGCGCGCUGCAGGCGGGCGCCGCGCUGUACGCCGACCCGGCGCGGGCGCGCGCGCUCGUCGAGCAGCAGCGAGCGCGACUGCUCGAGCUGCAGCGCACGCAGCAGAUGCUCGUGUCGCCAGAGGCUACUGAGCAACCACAGGCUGAUUUGGGCUCCACCAUCAACGCCUUGGUUUCAGCGACUCCGCCUAACGUGACUUUAACACGUACGGACUAUCAACAUCAAAUAUAUCACCAAAACAGUCAAAUGGGUCCACAUUAUGGUACCAAUAAAAUAACGACAUCGCAACAGAAUCCAAUGUUGAGUCGACAGCUCAGUGUGGCUGGAUCAGGCGGGUAUUCUCGCGGCGGCGGUGCGGGCGGGCACUCGGCGGCCGCGCUGCACACGCCCAUGACGCCGGCGCCGCCGCCCUCCACGCCGCAGCCCUACCACCGCGCGCCGCGCCCGCAUCUAGUGGGAGGCUACUACGAGGAAGGCGGCGCGGGCGCGGCCGGUUACUGCGGCGACUACGCGCGCUGCACGCCGCUGGCGCCGCACGUGCCGCACGCGCAGCACGCGCCGCACGCGUCCCACGCGCCGCACGCGCCUCACCCGCCCCUCGACCAUCAGCACGCAUGCGCGGGCAGCGGCGCGGGCGCGGCCGGCACCUCCGAGUACGUGCGCAACGAGCUGCGCGCGGUCGUGGGCGCGCGCUCCGCCCGCCCCGACCUGCACCCGCUGCAGCCGCCCGACAUGGACUCGCUCAUGAGCUUCGACAUGACCCCACCCGGUGGCGGCAGUGUGGUGGGGGGCCGAGCGUCCUCGGCGUCGACAAAUUCGUGGGAAUCGCAACAGAGCACCCCGAGUACUACGGAGGCGGGCUCGGCGGAGGCGGCGGCGGGCGGUGAUGAGGCGCGCGCGGCGGCGGGCGCGGGGCAGGAGGCGAAGGCGUCGCUGCUGCAGAAGCUGCUGUCGCAGUAGCUGGCCUGCCCGCGCCUCUCUCUCGCUGAACUUUGCAUUUAUUAAUUUCUCGCUUCAUCGGAUGGACGUUUACCGAAGAUUCUUAGAUUCCAGCGUAACGAACGUCGUCGUUCCGAGUUACGAUCUACGUGGUACCUCUGCGGCUGUAAAUCUCACUCCCGUGAGAAUAAUAUAGUACAUACGCGUAUUUAUAGACACCUUUAAUGUAGUCUAGUAGUGCUAGUGAUGUUUUCGAGUUGUAUAAAUCGUUUCGUUAAUGACAUAUUACUUCUAAGUUCUUUGAGAAACUAGAUUUUAUAAAUAUGUAUGUAACUAUGCUCUAAUUUUAACGAAAAACGAAUCGAUGCGAAUUUCGUAGCUUCCUGUGAUGGAAAAAAAAUAGUGAUUUAAAAUUAUUUUAUUGAUUCGUACGCCCAGUACACAUACACAAUGUACAAUAGAAAUAUACUGCGUGCAAUAUUGUAUAGAAAUAAACACAUAUUUUGGCGUUGUGAACGUUAUGUAUUAUAGUAUGAAAGUCAGAUGUUACCUGUUAUGACAAAGUAAUUUGUAUUAUAGUAUAUGAUGACGAGACGUCGAGUGAAAUGGUUUCUCUUAUGGAGAAUAUUAUUUUUACGUGUAAAUAAUAUGUUGUUAAAUUAUAGCUGUUGCUUUAUUGUAAAUAUUUUUGUUAAAAUAUUUCAUUGUCUUUCGUGCAUGGUACAAUUUUUUUUUAUUUCAAUCUUAUUAUGUAAUUGAUUAAAUCAUUAUAAAUAUUAUUUGAUGUCUUUUCCAACAUUAUUUACCUCUCCAUUUAUGUUUGCUUAUUUUUUGAAUUUUGUAUACAGCGAUCUAAUUUAUGUUAUAAUCACAAAACUUUUUAUCGACCUGUGAGUAUAGCGUUUUACCUGAUACAAAAUAUGUGUUAAUAUUUUUGAAACUUCCCAAAAUGAUUUUAACUUAUAUUUAUGUAAAUGAUUUUAUAUAUUUUUUUAUUUGUAAUUAUAACAUAAAUAUGUCGUUUCGGAGAAAGAGUAAACCCCCCCUUAUAAAAUUGUUACAUAUAUAUGAAUUCUAUAAAUGGACUAACUUAUCUAUUUGGUGUUUGUACCGUAACACAAUGGCGUAUACUCGUCGUAAAUAAUAAACAAUUUGAAUUGGUAACAAAAUGUGCUAUAAAUAUAUUUUUGACUUAGGAAUAUUUCGCUAUUUCAUCGCACAUUGUGCAUAUUUUGAAUUUAAUAAAUAACAGAAUAUUGAUGAUCUAAAUUAUGCACCAUAGGUAUUGUCAUAACUUAAUGGCUAAAUAUACACGUUUUUGACACGAAUAUAACGAUUUUGAUGUUGCUACGUUUAAUUAUCAAUGUAUUUCCGUGUCUAUUGUCUCAAAUUAAUGAAACUAAUAUUUGAAAAUAAAAUUUAGCAAAAUGUUGAUCUUCAAUUACUUCAAUUAGACUCCACGAUUUUUUUUAAACAAUUCUAAGUACAAGUCAAUGUACCCAAAUUGAAUAUUAAUUAACAAAACUUACUACUAUUGACUCACUCUGUUUCAGACGCUUUUAAUAUUUAUCGUCAUGAUCUAAUCAAAAACGUGUGCGCUGCAAAUAUAUGAAUUGACUCGACAUACAUUUCGUUAUUUGCUAUUGAUAAACUUAUUUACCUAAUGGUAGUUUAAGUUUUGCUCGAACAUCCCACGGUCUUAAUUAUAAACGUUGUUUAUAUUUGAAAUGAUAAAAAGUUCAUUUAUAUAAUUUUAUAGUUAUCUACGAUAAGAAAUGUUGAUGGUUUAAUAAAAAUAAUGUUUAUAAUUAAUGUCAUUUAAAGUAAUGAUCUGUGUGUAAGUUAUAUGUGCGGUGGCCAUGACGUAAAUUUGUCAAUGCGAGAAACAUCAAUGUUGAAUGUCAUUGUUAGAAACUAUUUAUUAAGUUUAGGCACGAAAUUAGCAGUAUUUACAUACUUUGCCAUUUCAGGCAGUAUAAAUGCUAGGAUUUAUAAUUAUUUAAAAACUUGACUAACAAUUGUCUUAAUAUGGUGACGGAAGUAGGUUAGUAUCUGACGUUACAAAUGUACUUAGCUACAAAUAUAACAUAUAAGAUCUUUUGACAUCUUCAGUUGAUAAUAGUCAAAAUAAAAAUAAUGUAAAGCAAAUAUUGCUUGAAAUGGCACGUAAUUUUGACGUUAAAAAUUAAGCAUACUAGAAUUGCACAAUAUUAUCUAAUAAUUAUUAUUGUAUGUAAACUUAAAAGUAUAAUUAUAAUUAAAUGACGAUAAGACCUCUUGAGUGUGGUAUGUAUCCUGAAACGGUCUAAAAUAUUGUCUAACAUAAGUAAACCUCAGGACGGAUAAAUUAAAAAUGCUCCCCUUUAUAUAGUCGGGACCAUACCUAGCCUGAACGUCAGAACAGUGCAAUUUUGAAUUAUAAUGAAGAGUUAAAAAUAAUUGUUUUGUGACAGUUUUCACUAAAGUGAUGAUCUUUGACAAUCGGGUACAUGCUAUCGCCGACCUUUAUGUUUUUAAUCAGGAAUUGUUGCACGUUUACCAUAGAUACCUGUUAGCACUAAUUCUAUGUAGUCGUUAUAAUUUGUUGGCGAGUGGCAACAACUUAAGCGUUAUAAAGUACUUAAAAGAUUUUAGGGGGUUCACUCAAUUUAGAUCAUAAUAUAAGUAAGGUUCCAUAUAUGUUUUAAAUACUUUCCUAUAAAAAUAUUUUUCGAAACACCAACCAUAACAUGUAAGACGUAGAUACGUUAAAGAAGUAAAUUGUGAUGUGCUAUAACUAAAUAAUAAACGUACAAAAUAUGUAUAGAUAACCCAUAAACCAAGUGAAACGAGUAAUCUGUCUAUAAAAUAUAAUGAUAAGAAUAUUUUUAUACCAUUCGAAAUAAAAAAUAGUAAGAAGCGUAGGCCAUUGACCAAUUUAAUUUGUCAUGAUGAUAAAAAUUGAAAACAUGAAUAAAAAGUUGGGCUCAUUUGACGAGGAUACAAAGUGAGAUAACCAAGCUUUACGUAAUCUGAUGACCAUGAUAACAUAAUUCAUUCCACACGAUGGUUACAGAGAGGCGAUUCUGUGUUAGUUGGUAAAUUUCAAAUAAAGUACAAGUGAGGGCCUUGAAACAUGGAAAUUUAAGGAAAUAGGCAAGGAAGUAGUCGUUUCUAAAUACAUUCAUAAUGCAUAAAUAUAUGGUAACAAAAUUUAUUUACUCGUAACUGGUCGCUAGAUGGAACAGCAUAUAAUGCCGUCACUUAGUUUACGACGUCUCGAUGAGAAUGAAUGUACACAAAUGUUAUAUUUUUUGCAGAUUUACGGUAACAUAACUAGUUUAUGUAAUCAAAACUAUAUUAUAACGUUCGAGAACACGUCCAUUGCAUGAUUAAACCGACUUUUCCGUUAUGUAAAUAAUGAUGUCAUGCCGUAAUAAAGCAUAGGUGCCUGAAAAUCAUAGAUAAAAGAGUAUUUUUUCAAUGCCAUCUUUUAAAAAUAGAAUAAAGCGAUUCUUGAUAAUAUUGAAAUAGAUUUUAGAAAUAAUAUGUCGACUAAAGUCAUAAGUCUGCAACUACAUAUAAAAUAAGAACUAAUAAAAUAUUCAUAAAAACUCCAGCCUCAUAUUUACCUAAAUCAACAACAUUGUAUAUAAGAUACAUAUUAGAAUGAAAUGUUUUUAUAUACUGUAAAUCAGGUACUGUCACAUGUAAACAAGUUAUUUACAUACACAGGAAUAAUGAUUUAUCUGCAGGUUUAUUAAUUACAUAUAAAGCUUCAGAUUUCAAUUUUGAAAAGUAACUGAAUAGUCCUACAAGCCAAAAUACGUUUUACAUGUGACUGUAUUUUUAUAAAUUGACCCAUAGGUCAUAGAUUAAACCUAUACCUAUGCUUUGUAUGCCCUACAUUAUAAAUUCAUGUCUACUUUAAUAUGUAGUUACGGUUAAAUUUAAUUGGUUCAUUUAGUCUUCCACAAUGUGUAGUAUGAAAUCUGGAGUGACUUAAAAUUUUAAUUUAUCCUUUUUGGUUUUAAUGUAUGAAUUUAAAGCGUGUGUUAGCACAAUGAAAAAUAUGUUUUGCCUUUUGACUUGCGAAAUGGAAUUCUUAACCGGUAGUAAUUCGUUGAAUAUGACUAACCAUGAUGCCUUUAAUAAGCUAGCUACAGUCUGAGAUCUAGAGUGCAUUAAAAUAUUAAGAUAUAACAAAACUGUAAUUGAAAUACAAUACUAUAGGAGAAAUACAUACAUACUUACCUUCCGUUUACUUAAGAUGGUCUAAUGCCUCUAAUAAGUUUCUACUCUUUUCAAUCCUAGUUACAGAAUACUAUUUCUGUCUUCUAUAAUUAGAAGCACAUUAAUACACAUUACGUUUUUCCCAAAAUUAUGAAGUCAGCACCUAACAACCGUUGCCCGAUGAUAGGAAUUUUAUCGUGUACAACGAUUAUAAUUAUAUAAACGUGUGCGUUUGUAUUCAUCGUAUUGAAGCUCAAUAGUAUUAAAAUAAAUUACCUAUUACUUCCAUCUUCUAAAUUAUUAAAGUUUAGGCACUAAAGUCGAUAUUUUGUAACAACCAGAUAGACGUGCUCAAAGUUACGACUGCGCUGCGCCGUAUUUAUAAUCAUCAACGAAAAUAAGUAUUCCUAUAAUAUAAAAAUAAUAUUUUGAUAACGGGAAACUAAAAUUUUAAAGUGGGCUUUAUAAAUCAAUAUUACAUGAGUAGACUUCGUCUAGUUAUAUACUGAUAUUCGUCUUGGUGAAAGGAAUUACCUCAUUUAAGAAUCAAUUGGAACUUUGUAGUUCAUAACAAAAUUGUACAAACUGCUACUGUUUAAAACAAACGUUGACGAAGGAUAACAUUUGAAAAAUCAAGUGUGUGCUGAUAUACUUAUAAGUAUUUUUUUCUUAUUACUUAGAAUAUAUUUGAUUUGCGAAUUGGGAGACCCGAUUCUAAUAUUAUUUAAAAUAUAUGGAAUUUUCGAAAUUAAUGGUUAUUACGAACAUAUUGUAAGAGCAUGGUAGAUUUUACAUUAAAUGAUUACACAUUUCUGGAGAAAUCGGUAUAUAUUUAAAUGUUACAUAUGAUUUGGAAUUCUAUGUAUGAAGAUUGGAAUUACUAUUUCAUUUUGUAUUUAAGAUAUUACGACCCAUUGUCUCAGAGUAAAUUUAAUUAAUUAAAAUAUAAUUAAUUGGGUCCAAAAUUCCAUCCAAUCUUGCAGAAUAAAUUCAAUUGGACUGCAUUAACAAAUGUGAUAUAUCGAUGUGUAAUAGAAAUAUUUUUUUAUCAUUCAUAUAAAAUUACUCUGCGGCAAGGGCCUAUGGAUCACUAUCACUGUGCACUUAUUUAAUCAGAAACAUAGACGGGUACGGGAGUCUUUGUUUCUAAUGGAAAACAUAAUUAGUUUAACAAGACUUGUUUUCAGAUUAUGUUACACGAUAAAUCAAUUUAUUUUAUAGUUAUUGUUUAUUAUCCUGAUAUUAAGAAAGGGUUUUCUAAAAUUCCUCUAAUUAGAGGUAAGAUUGUGUGAUAAAAUAUUUAUUAUAGAAGGAUGACAGUCGCUAACACAAUGAGGCAUUCUCGUACGCCGCCGAUUUUAUUUUUUGUAUAAAAUCAUGCCUUUUGUCUUGGCCUGUCGUCUGCGUACAAGGGUAUUUUUAUAUUGUGAAUAUUACUUAGGUUUAAUAUUCUGUUAUAUUGCUAUAACUAAACUAAUUAUGUUUUCCUAAACCAUUGCAAAGUGAUAUUAGAUUUGGUCGCUCACAGAAUUGAUGUUUAAGAAUGUGUUUUACUACUUGACAGAGCUGUGUUUCCAUUGUAGAGAUAAGCAAAGGCAGGUGUCCUUAGUCAUAAAUCUCAACAAAUAUCAAUUACUUUUUUAAGACAAGCUGGUUACAUAAAAUACUUUUUCGAUAAAAAUAUUAGACUCCUAGUCCUUGUUUCUACAAUUAUCUUUUUUGUGAGUGGCCGUUAAGUCUGUGUUAUUUAGUUCUUCAAAUGUUAAUUAAGGCCUUUUGUGUUUCUGUGCAUUUCUACGCAUUGUAUGUAUGUAUGUUUAAAUAUUGUAAAUAGCUAAAAUACAUAUAUUUUUACGAUUAGCAUACACAACCAAAGUUGUUAUGAAGUGAUGGUUGAUUAAAUAAGAAAUUUAAUUAUAGGUCGUUAUGUUUAUUUAAGAAGAGAUUCAAAUUAAUCUGUACAGUUGCAAUGCCAGUACAUCCAAUGUCUUGUCUUAGCAAUGUUAACAACAUCCCCGAUUUAAGUAAAAAUAUCUUCAACAACCAAAUGUAUAAAAGAAUAAAUAAGCAAACAAUGAAAAGGAGUAAGACAUUCUCCUUUUGUUCCUAAUAGCUUGCUACGGGUGAUUGCCACUUGGUAACAGUCAAUUAAGAAAACAUACACGACAAGUACUAAUACCUUGAAAAUGUAAUAUUUUAUUCAUUGAUGAAAUCAGGCGUUAUGAGUACAUAACAUUUAAGUUGUAUUUUUUUGUACAUUAUAGAUUCGAAAAUAUAUUAAUAUCUAAAUAA